GCCACCCAUCGGCCGCCGCUCACCGCUCCACUCGUCAAAUCCGGCGACCCCGUCCCCAUCCAUCUGCUCGUCCGCCGAGGCGACGUCCUCGUCCAUCUGAUCUGAUCGUCCGGCGACCUCGCCCGGCCUCUCGUUUAGCGGCACCGCUCGCCCCAAUGCCCCACGACCUCGCCCGGACUCUCGUUCAGCGACGCCACACGCAAUCGCUCGUCCGGGCGUCUGGCGACCUCGCCCCGCCUCCGGCCUCCCGCCACCAUCCGGCCAGCCGGCCAGGAACACAAGAUGAACAAAGAACCAGGACACUGACAUCUUUUUUUCAACCACAAAGCACUGAUUCCAUAGUAACAGAAACAGGCCCUUCAAUUGCAGCAAAUGAUGAUGUUCCUCAUGUUACACCUCAACUUAAGCCCGGUGAUACCGAACCAGAUCCUGGUAAGAGAAUACCUAUUGAGAAUUUGGAUCCAGACAUUACAGAUCUGGCUAGAAGGGGGUACAUUAGUAAGGGUCCAUGCCAACCAACUGAUCAUGUAUAUGAACGGAAAUGGGUAGGAAAAGGGUUUAGCAGCUUUCAUGGUUCUUGGUCAAAAUCAUCGUGGCUGGUUGGAAUAUAGCGUUCAUAAAAAUGCAGCCUUUUGCUUUUGUUGCUUUCUAUUUAAGCAACCAAGAGCUGAAAACUUAUCCUUUUAAUUGUCUUUUGUUAUGUGUUACAUUAUGAGACAAGGCAGUAUUGAAUAUUGUGUUCAGAUUCUUAUCAGUUACUCCCACGGGAAGCCAACUCACUGACACCUCUCAAGAGAUAAAUAGCAAGCGAAUAGGAGACCGAGGGGAGCAAGGAAGUAGCGAGUGAAAUUAUCACUGCAUGCAAGCGGUAUUAAACAUGUUUGCUUGUAUGAGAAAACCUCAUUAAUUUUUACCUCGUUUUGUGUUAGUGGCCUUAUAAAGAUGCAAUAUGUAUUUUUCAUAGUGGCCUGGUAUAAGGCUA